AUGACUAUUUCCAAGUACUCCAAUGAUGAGUACAAGGUCGGCUGGAUAUGUGCGCUCCCAAUCGAACUUGUCGCCGCGAAAGCGAUGCUUGACGAAGAACACGGCAAUCCGCAGACUCCCCUCGGACGGAAUGAUCACAACACUUAUUUGCUAGGUUCCAUCGGCAAUCACAAAGUGGUUGUCGCUUGUCUUCCCAGAGAUGAAUAUGGCGCCAUGUCUGCGGCCGCAGUGGCAAAGGACAUGAUGCACGCCUUUCCACAGAUCCGCUUUGGAGUCAUGGUCGGGAUUGGUGCUGGAAUACCGGACUAUGAGAGUGAUGAGGUUCGAGAUAUAAGACUUGGUGAUGUCGUGGUUGGGAGCGAUAAUGAGCAUAGUGGUGUGGUGCUCUACGAUUUCGGCAAGAAGCUGCCUGAUGGCUCAUUCAAAGCAAUGUAUGCCGUGGAUAGACCGCCUCGAUGCCUGCGAACUGCAUUGAGCCGGUUGGAGGCAGAGCAUAUGCUGCAAGGCAGUCAGAUCAGCGUCUUUGUUGAUCGGAUGUUGGAUAGAUAUCCGGCUCUGCGAGACUCAGGUUGGAGUCGACCAGAUUCAUCGAAGGACCGGCUUUUCAAUUCGGAUUACUCUCAUGUUUCGGGACGGACUUGCAAAAAAUGUGAUGCUUCCCAAGAGAUUGAUCGUGAUGACUGGGAACGUUCCAGUGCCAAACCAGUAAUCCACUACGGCGUCAUUGCGACGGGUACCGAGGUUAUUAGGCAUACCCCAUCGCGAGAUGAGAUUAGAGAAAGGCACAGAGCCAUCUGCUUGGAGAUGGAAGCAGCGGGUUUGAUGAAUCAUUUCCCGUGCCUUGUAAUCCGAGGCAUCUCCGAUUACGCUGACUCCCAUAAGAACGAUGUCUGGAGAAAAUAUGCCGCUGCUACGGCGGCUGCGUUUGCAAAGGAGCUGCUAGGAUUUGUGGCCGUCACUGAAGUGGAUAGUGAGCGCAGUGCAAGGGAUAUACUGGAUGAAGUUCAGAAAGAUAUCUCAACAGUCAAAGAAAAUGUAUCCGAACUCCGAACCUUAGCGAUGCAGGGUAAACAUGCCCGUCUUCUAGACUGGUUGUCUCCGAAUGAUUUCAGUUCCCAGCAGCAUGAUAUAAUCAGCAGAAGGAAGGUCGGUACAGGGCUUUGGUUUCUGGAGUCCGAUGAAUUCCAGGGAUGGCUGGAGCAAAGAGGACAGACGAUGUUCUGCCCUGGCAUUCCAGGGGCCGGAAAGACAGUCAUGGCUGCUAUUAUCGUGGACCAUUUACAGACUAAGUUCCAGCAUGAUCCUCAAGUCCACGUCGGUUAUCUUUUCUGCAGUUACCAGCCGCAAUAUGGACAAAAGGUCGAGGAUAUGUUACGAAGCCUCUUGAGACAAUCAGUCUCGCACCGAGCAGAAAUGCCACCUCAUAUCCAAGACCUAUAUGACCGCCAUAACUCAGAGAAGAAGCGCACACAGCCCUUCCUGGACGAGACUUUAACAGAGUUGCGUCGCACGGCUCAAUUGUACAAUAGAUUUUUCAUCAUCAUUGACGCAUUGGACGAACACUAUGCAUCUGAUUAUGAAAGCCACCAGCGAUUAUUGAAGGAGAUGUCCGUUCUUCAGAGGCAUGCUUCAGUUAGUCUAUUGAUCACCUCGCGAUUUAACUCGGAUAUCAUGUCUCAUUUCAGGCAUACCAGGCAUACCAGGCAAAAGGAGAUUAGCGCGCAGGAUGACGAUCUUCUUCUCUACAUCAAUGAGAAAAUACCCUUGUUGAAAUCCAAAGUAGUUGGCAAUGAAGACAUUCAGCAGGAGAUCAGGAAGGGCGUUAUUAAAGCAGCCGACGGGAUGUUUCUCUUGGCCCGACUCCAUAUGGAACAUUUGAUGGACAAGCCCUCGAUUGGGCUUCUCAAAAAGGCUCUCCAAACCUUGCCUCAGGGUAGAAAAGGCUUGACCGAAACGUACCAGCAGGCAAUCAUGAGAAUCAAUCGGCAGUCGGAAGAUUUGCAGACAAUAGCCUGGCAGGCUUUGUCCUGGAUCGCAUAUAGCAAAAGAGCAAUCUUGUCCGAGGAACUGCGACAUGCUCUGGCAACUCAUCCAAGCAUGAUAGAUUUCGACCAAGACUAUUUACUGGACACCGGAUUGAUCACAUCAUCCUGCGCUGGGUUAAUUGUCAAGGACACAGAAACAGACAUUGUACGGCUUGUCCACUACACAACUCAGGAUUUUCUCCUUUCACAGCAGAUUCUCCCAAAUGCCGAGCAGUAUAUUGCAAACAUCUGCAUUACCUACCUUUCUUUCGAGCCGUUUGCAGGGGGACCUUGCUCUACAGAAAGUGCAUACAGAGGGCGACUGAAUCGAUACCCCUUGUAUGAAUAUAGCGCGAGGUAUUGGGGCUCUCAUGCUGCCAAUGCUCCCCAAGUUACAGUUCAGGUUGCAGCACUCGAGUUCCUCAAGAAUCGUGGCAAUGUCUUGGCAGCUCAUCAAGUCCUGUUGCACAAGAGGACACAAUCAUCUUACGAAUUUAUAUUCGAGCUUAGGUCGUCUGAAACUCAAAUGAGAGAUCGACCGACAACGAGCCUCCACAUUGCAGCACACUUCGGCCUCACGGAUCUGCUUCGGUUAUUGAUAGACGGUGGAGCCGAAGUGGAUGCGAGUGAUGAGAGGGGAGUGACUCCUCUCCUAUCUGCAGUGAAAGCAGGGCACGUGAACGCUACCGUAUUCCUCAUAACUGAAUCCGGCGCAAAUCCGAAUUUAAAGGACGUCGCGGGGGGCACAGCAAUGGCUUAUGCGGCCAUGUAUGGCUAUGAAGCAAUCGUGAGGUUUCUUCUCGAUUGGGGCGUUGAGCCAGAGUCUCAGUUCGAGAAGAACUAUGUUUGCAACCCACUUCAUCCAGCAGCGGCGAAUGGCCAUGUAUCCGUGAUGAAGUUGCUGCUUGAUGAAGGUGCUACGAUUGAUGGGCUCGAUUCUACGAAGUCAACGCCACUACGGCUGGCUGUACAGCACGGACAUGAGAGCGCAGUAAAAUUGCUUCUGGACCGGGGAUCUGACCUGAAGCUGGCAAAUAAUCGCCCAGACCCACUUGUAUGCGUUGCAGCUCAUAAUGGGCAUGAAGCCAUCGUGAGAUUACUACUGAGUCGGGGGGAUGACCCAGUCGCGAGGAAUUGGUAUGGAAGGACGCCGCUUCUGGCUGCAAUGGCGAGGGGCCACGAGGGAACAAUCUCCCUUCUUCUCACUGUACAAUUUGACGUCAAUGCUCACGACAGGGAUUGCCGUACAGCGUUGACUUACGCCGUAGAGAAGGGCAAUGUAAGUCGUGCUAGGUUCUUGAUUGAAAAAGGCGCCAAACUCGAUAUCAAGGUCAUCUACUUCCCAAUGAACGAGAGGAAGUUGACCCUGUAUAAGAUGGAGAUGACCGCCCUGGCACUUGCCGCAGAUCAGGGAAACGAGAUCCUUUCUCGGCUGCUACUCGAGAAUGGAGCAGAUCCCAAUUUGAAAUGCCGGCUCAUGACCGAGACCCCACUGGGGAUUGCCGCAUACCGGGGGUAUGCGGGAGUUGUGAAAUUGCUCCUCCAAUACGGUGCUGAUGUGAACCUACAAGAUGAUGCCAGGGAAAAUGCAUUGUUCUCUGCGGCGAAAAGAGGACACGACGAGAUCAUUUCUCUAUUGCUCAAGGCCGGAGCUGAUCCAAGAAGGAAGAACAUAGUGGGGAAUACGCCACUAUUUUAUGCAGUCGAGAGCCCCAAUGAGACAGCUAUCAACAUCUUGCUCGCACAUGGGAAUGAUGUAGAUGAACGAAACGAAUUCAUGGAGACGCCGCUGUUCUUCGCAACCAGACAAGGUCAUCCUGCCGUCGUGAAGCUACUUCUGGAGAAGGGCGCAGACCCAUAUCCCAAGAGCAUGCUUUCGAGGACCCCGUUGCUUCAGGCCGCAAGUUCUUUCAGUGAGAAAAAUCCAGACAUGGACUUACUAGGGAUCAUGAGGGUCAUGUCGGCCUUGCCCUAUUCGGGCGAGAAAGACCCAAGCAAAGAAUUGAUUUGGUACAUAACAGCUCUCCUGGAACACAAAGUGAUCCUAAUCCAAUAUGUGACCCUCAGUCUCCUCCAGAAGUGCGACAUGUUUCUUAUGCUACCCAUCUUGGUCCCAAAAAGCUUAAGGGUGUUGUGGGGCUUGCAGCCCGAAUAG